AUGGCUUCUCUCGCUGCAGAAGAACUCAAUGAAUUUCAUUCGAAAUAUACUGUGAUCAAUGACCAGUUGAUCCGAGAGUGUAUUCAACUCAAACAAAUUGAACAAGAAGAUGGAGUGGAUCAAGAAAGUAAAACCACACGGGCCAUGAAGAUAAAACGCGAAAAUAUGGAUUUUAAUGAAAUUGAACACUUGAGCUUUUCCUUUAAAAACAUAUUCCGAAUUUCUAAUCUUGAAGGAUUUGACAAGCUGAAAAAACUGCAACUCGACAAUAACAACAUCAGCCAAAUUGAAAAUCUUUCCCAUCUCGUAUUGCUCGAAUAUUUGGACCUUUCUUUUAAUAAGAUCACGAAAAUUGAAGGACUGAAAGGGCUUCGUAAUUUAAAAUAUUUGAAAUUAUUUAGUAAUGAAAUUGAGAAAAUUGAAGGAAUGGAAGAUUUGAUGGCGCUUGAAAGUUUGUCUAUUGCAAAGAACAAGAUUAAGGAUAAAUCAAGUAUUCAAUACCUGAGGAUGUUCCCAAAACUUGGAAUGGUCACUCUCUACGAUAAUCCAGUCUGCGAAGAAAGAGAUUUUAGAAACAUGGUGCUUGCUUUUCUAAGAAGCUUAAAAUUCUUAGAUUACCGUCAAAUAGAAGAGGAAGAAGUUCAAACCGCAAAGGAAAGAUUCCACAAUGAGCUACUGAAAGUGAGUGACAACGAAGAGCAGUACGAAAAAAAUCAAGAACAAGACGAAAAGAAGUUGCUUGAGAUGCAAAUGCUUGAAAAAGCCAAUUUAACUGGAAUAGAUGACUUGUUUAAUGAAAUGUUUGAAUGCGAAGCCGAUGAAACGAUCAAAAUCUUUCUCUACUGUACUUCUGAUAUUAUUGAAAAAUAUAGAGCUAAAUUCACAGAUAGAAAGGAUGCUUUCAAAAUGGAAAUGCUGACAAUCAUGAGAAAUAAGGAAAAUGAGCUGGACGAACUCAACUCGACGCUUCAACAAAGCCAGUAUGAAACAAAUAAUAUUUCAAAAACGAUGGUCAAGGAAUUUGAGAAACAAAAGAAAGAAAUUAUUAAUGCUGUUAAGGAAAUGACAGCCGAAAGCGAAGAGGAAGAUUUGCAUCAACUUGAUCUUCUCGAACGAGAGCUUGAAAUAUUAGCUGAAAAGCUAAUAGAAAUUGAAGUGAAUCAGUCAGAAGCCUUUUGGGAAGUUAUUAGUGAGUUCAUCCCUAACUACAAGGAAAUGGAUUGUACCAGCAAAAUCCAAAACUUUUUCAAAAAGCUGAAAAAGAUGGAAGAAAAAUACAGUAUUGAGCUGAGGGAUAGACUCAUGGAUCAAGUGAAUAGCGUUUCAGAAGAACCCAAUGAAAAAGUCAAGGAUAUUUUGGAGGACAAGGAUCAGUUGUUCACCAUGGUUCAGCGUUCCAAAGAGGCUCACAAAGAAAUUAUUGGACAGAAGGAACUUAAAUUGAUCCAAAAUGAAAAAGACAGAAUGUUGUACACUGUUGAAAAGACUAAGAAAGACGAGCAUGAAAGAAACAGAGCUCGCAUCUCAGAAAUUUGGACCUUUGUGGAACGAGUGAAAGAAGAAAUUGAAGAAACGAGAAAAUUCAUCACCACUCCAGAAGAAUUUUAUGAGGAGUAG